AAUGCCAGUAACCAAGUUUUGAGAGAACUACGUCCUUUCCAAUUCCUAUUAGACGUGGUCCAUUUCUUUCUACUGAUGUUCUUGCUGUCCUAUCUCAAGGCCUACUUACCGUCCAGUCCCUAAGCCGUUUUUAUCCAUAUCCCCUCAUUUCCUGCUUUAUAUUCAUAUUGUAUCAUCAUGGUACUUCCUCAUCUGCUCAGCGUAGCAGCUACCUUCUCCAUCCUCGCUGCAACCCUCAUUCCUAGUGCCCAGGCCUUGUUCUCGGACGUCAACAUCACAGACCGAGCUGUGCAUCUUCCCUACGGCACUUAUAUCAACCACUGCUACAUCCCUGGCAAGGUGGCCCUUACCUUCGAUGAUGGGCCAUAUAUGUACACUGAAGAACUUCUUGGAAUCCUUUAUCAAUAUGGCGCAAAGGCGACCUUUUUCGUGAAUGGCUACAACUUGGAAAACAAUGAAUGGCUCCUCCAGCGCAUAAUAAACGAAGGGCAUCAAUUAGCAUCGCAUACAUGGAGCCACGCCGAGCUUCCUAUUCUCGGCUAUGAUCAAAUCGUCGAUCAAAUGACUACUCUCGAAUCUGCCUUUGCGGAUGCUGUCGGUUUGGUUCCCACCUAUAUGCGGCCGCCAUAUCUCGCCGUCAACGAUUAUGUCCUUAGUGUUAUGGGUGAUCUUGGAUAUCAUGUUAUUGGGGCUAGCAUCGACACAAAGGACUACGAGAAUGACCAUCCAGACCUAAUUGGCCGCAGUGUGGCUAAGUUUAAUCGCGAGUUGGACCAGGGAGGAACGAUCAUCUUGUCCCACGACAUUCAUGAACAAACAGUCCGCACUUUGACGCAUAUAAUGCUGGACGAGAUUUAUGAACGAGGGAUGAUGCCGACAACUGUUGGAGAGUGCCUGGGCGAGGAUACAUGGUACCGUUAGCUGAGAUCAGCCUUUAUUACGUAUUAUUAGCCUUUCCCUGGUUUAGAAACCACCUAAUGAAU